AAUCUAUCAGCGCACAAGCGCACCUCGAUUUCCAUCCAGCUGAGCUUUCGCUUGCGAUCACUUCAACCGUUCCCGUCAGUCUAGCCACAGUUCUUGCCAGCGCUGGUCACGCAUUCAAUCGUGGGUUAGCCGCGCCAACCACUUCGGAACAAAAAAAAAACAGACAAAACAAUCAACGCGUGAACGUCGCGAUCUUGUGCCACGCGAAAGGAUAGAGCCUCAGUAAUCCGAACCUCCGCCUGUUGAUGGAAAAUUGCGCAAGAAAAAACACACCCGUGAAGUGAUCUGCAAUCGAACAACGGUGUACCGAGUCGCUGUAGCCAUAGUCCCCAGGUGAUCAUUUUUGUAAGGUUUUACUACUGGCCCAGUGUGUAAGUGAUUCGUUACAAACAACAACAACAAAAGUGCUCCCAACAGGUUCAGGUUCAAGAAAAUAAAAAAAAAAGUAUCAAAUUGCAAACGCUGAAUCACCACCCGCCUUUUGUGAUCGUCUCGCCGUGUGUGGGCCGAUAUUGACACACCGUGGUUGCCGGAGAAAAUAAAAGACCAGGUGCUAGACGGAAUCCACACUCGUGGAGUCGAGUCUAACCGAAUCCAAAUCGCAGUAGGCUUGUUACGACGUAUGAUGAACACGAUGCCUACUUGACUGGAUGUUAGUUUAGAACCGCAGCCAGCCCACAGGCGCCAGCAAAGUAGGCGAGGACCAGAGUGAAACAGUGUCAGACUAAAUGCCAUGGAAUCGUCGCACAACGGCGCUUCGUCAUCCCUCGUGAUAGCGCCUUCACCCUGUGCUUACAAGAGUCCAAUCCGACCAAAGGGACACUACCGAUCAUCCUCGCUGGAGAAUAAUCCAUUCGGACCGGCCGGUGGCAAAUCGACACUCAGCUUGGUCCCAACCAGCUUCACGGGGACGCUCAAGUCGCGCCGGGAGCAGAAGCGGAUAUCGGAUUUUCUCAGCAAGCAGAGUCUCUCGGCGGCUUCCGUCGGUACACCUAACAGCGCCGGCGGUGGCACUAUCACGAACAACAACAAUGGAAGGGAUCAAAGCGAGAGCAGCAUACGGAAGGCCCACUUCGAGAAUAUUCGUGAAAUUUUCGAGAAAAAUAACAGUAAAAAUGCACACAAUAGCAAGCUAGCAGCAGCUGCCGUGGCGAAGCUCAACGGUCUGGUGGCGGCGUCCUCCUCCUCAUCCUGCUCGAUCGGACAUGACAUGACACCGGGGGGAACGCUGUCCACGGAGGAUAAGCCGCCCAAGAUUCAGUCCUGCAGUGGAAUUCUGGGAAAGGGCAAACAGGUGAUCCGUCCGAUCGCAUUCAAACCAGUUCCUUACAAAUGUAACACACCAAAUUACGCCAGCCCGGUGAACCAGAACGGUGGCCGGCUGACGGACCUAGGCGAGCGGUACGGAUCAACGCCAUCGCUCGGACCGCCGAUGAGCAUGCAGUACAAGUUUAGCAGUACGACCGAUCUUCAUCACCACAAGCACAGACACGGUGGUGAUCACGGCAGCGCAGGAGUUGCUACCGGUUCUAACGGGCUCCCGGUUGGCAGUAGUGGUCCAUCGAGCGGAAUCUAUCAGCAUCAGUACGGGAUAUUGUCACGAAAAACUUCCAGUAUACCGUUCAAGACCUACGACAGUCUGGAGUCGAUUCUGAAGCUACCGGAUAGUAUGAUCGCGUCCUACCCGAACCCUAGCACUGGUCAAUCCUCGGCGGGUAUGUACGCGGCACACGAUCUCCUCGACAUGGCCCCCUCACCGUCCGACUCGGGAAUUUCGGAACUCGAGGCAGCCCUGCGCGAUCGGGACUCGGAGUUGGCCUACCUGCGGCAAACAAUGGAACACAAUGAGCAAGUAAUAUUCAAAGUUCAUCAGGACAAGGAGAAACACUGGGAGCAAGAGCUGAACCGUCUGAAGGCGAUCCACGAGAGCCGACUGCGGGCGGGAGCGCAGAAAGUGCACAAACUCGAACAGCUGCUAAUGAUGCAGACCUUCCAGUUGCGGCAGGACAAGAAGCGCCUGCAGGAAGACGUUCACCGACUGCACGCUGAAUUUAGUCUAGCCAAGGAGCAGGCGGAACAGCAGAAGAGCGAACUGUGUCAACUGAAGCUCGGCGAGAAGGACCUAAAGGAUCAAAACGGGGACCUGAGCGAUGAGAUUCAGAUGUUACGCCGGGUCGUGAGUGAUCUGAAGGAACGGCUGGAGGAGAGCGAGUGGAGUCUCUGCCAGCGGAACGGCGAGGUGGCUCUGAUGAAGACGCAACUCAAGGAUGCUCAGACGGAGGUGACUACGAAAGAUCAGGAGAUUCUGCAGUUGCGAUCGGAUCUCAAGAUGCAGAACUUGGACGAGAUCAGCUUGAAGAAGUCGGAGAUAAAAAAAGAACUCGACUUCGACCUGGAGAUCUCCCAGCUCAACCGAAUCAUCAUCUUCAAGGAUCAGAUAAUCGUGGUGAUGAACAACGAAAUCCAGAAGUUACGCAAGGAACUGUCUGAUAUUUCGAUCAUGCGAGGCUACGAAGGGGUACCAUCCGGGCGAUACUCACGGUACAAGAAAAAGCUGGACUUCGUGGCGCAAAAGUUUGAAGAAUCCAACGGCCGAGGCGAUCACAACAAGCAAACCAGCGGCGACGGCGGAGCAGCCAAGCAAACAUCCGAAAGCGAAGGCGUGAAAAAGAAAGCUGUCGGCGACCUGAGCAGUAGUGAAAUCAUUCGAAACUACUUCAACAGUAAACUGGAGUUGAACAAGAAACUGUUCCUAAAUACGCAGAUCUGCAACUAUUCCGACGAGGACAAGUCGAGCAUCAUCGAAACAUACAAUGCCAAAAAGUUGCCCGAUAUCACGUUGGAUCUGAGCAGCAUAACCCGAACGGAGAAGGCAACGUCCGGCGAUGAGUUGAAAGAAGGUGACCAGAGCUGUAAUCAGAGUUCGUCGGAUGAUGACUACAAGUCUAUGACGCCCACGCGAGACCAGGAAGAGGAGGAAAACGAGAACGAUCCGCCGCGAGUUCUAGCGAACGUGGAAACUUCUACAAAAUGUGAUAACUCAGCCCCGGGACAGGAGAAGGAGCAACAGGUGGUAGCUAGGCUUCGGCAGGAACUGCAAGACUGUCGCGACAGCUUCGAACAGGAACGGCUGAAGUGGGCCGACGAGAAGGAGAAAGUCCUUAUCUACCAACGGCAGCUGCAGCAAAACUACGUCGAGAUGUGCAAACGGACUGCCGUACUAGAGGAAAAGCUUAAAACGUUGGAAAAACAAUAAUCCGAAUUUGGAAGGGGGUUUGGUACACCAGAUCUUGCCGAUAAUUUAAGAGACGUAAACUGAUUUGUCCACGAAGUGGAAACCAUGUUGUUGGAUUUCAGCUGCUUCGGGAGCAUGAGUGUUGGACGUAAUUUAUGUAAUUACCACGAAUAUUCGCAUUAUUUUUCCGUUUAUAGUUUUUAGGUAGACCCGAAGUUCAGGUCGGGUUCCACUUUUCGCUCCGUUUGAAGUUUGCUAUUUAAGUAAAUAUAUAUGUAUCACACUACCGCAAAUGUUGUUAACGUGAGUUUAGAACAAAUUUUAUUUUUGUCUUUAUUUUUUACGAAUAUAACUUUGCUCUGAACUGUUUUAUAGCUAUUA